CAGGGGACAAGUGAGGGGGACCUCUGGGGAGUCUAGGGCUGCCAAAGGGAGCCCCCCCUGGCCUGCUCUGAGACACUUCUUUCCCAGGAUUGGAGACAGAGCAGGUGCAGAGGCACAGCAGCUGCCCUAUUGCCCAGCCUCCUGAACGAUGCCAGCCCAAUGUCCUUUAACCUCCAGUCUGACCUUCCUGGUACUGCUGGGCACAGCCAGCGCAGGCCCCUUCCCUCCACGGUCGAAUGUCACACUCCCAGCUCCACGGCCCCCUCCCCAACCAGGGGGAGGAAGCCCCUCUUCUCAACUUUACGAGCAUACUAUGGAAGGAGGGGAAAAGCAAGUGGUGUUCACCCAUCGCAUUAAUCUGCCCCCCUCUGCUGGCUGUGGUUGUCCCCCAGGCACUGAGCCCCCUGUCCCUGCCUCAGAGAUGCAGGCCCUGAGAAUCCGGCUAGAGAUCUUAGAGGAGUUGGUGAAGGGGCUCAAGGAACAGUGUACUGGGGGAUGUUGUCCUGCUGCUGCCCAGGCUGGCACAGGCCAGACAGAUGUUCGUAGCCUUUGCAGCCUUCAUGGUGUGUUUGACCUGAGCCGUUGUGCCUGUUCCUGUGAGCCAGGGUGGGGUGGACCCACCUGCUCUGACCCCACAGAGUCUGGGAUGUCCCCCUCCUCCCCUCCUGCAGAAUCCGGGUCUUGUCCCGAUGACUGCAACGAUCAGGGUCGCUGCAUCCGAGGUCGCUGCGUGUGUUUCCCUGGCUAUACCGGCCCAAGUUGUGGUUGGCCUUCUUGCCCAGGGGAUUGCCAAGGCCGAGGGCGCUGUGUGCAAGGUGUGUGCGUCUGCAGGGCAGGCUUCUCAGGCCCCGAUUGUGGCCAGCGCUCCUGCCCUCGGAGCUGCAGCCAGAGAGGACGCUGCGAGGACGGACGCUGUGUGUGCGACCCAGGUUACACUGGUGAGGACUGUGGUGUGAAAAGCUGCCCUCGCAGUUGCAGCCAGAGAGGACGUUGUGAGAAUGGGCGCUGUGUGUGCAAUCCUGGCUACUCUGGUGAGGACUGUGGGGUGAAAAGCUGCCCUCGAGGCUGCAGCCAGAGAGGGCGUUGUGAGGCCGGACGCUGCGUCUGUGACCCUGGCUACACUGGAGAAGACUGCGGCGUGCGGAGCUGCCCUUGGGACUGUGGUGAGGGAGGGCGCUGCGUGGACGGCCGCUGUGUGUGCUGGCCCGGGUACGCAGGUGAGGACUGUAGCACCCGAACUUGUCCUCGCAACUGCCGGGGACGUGGGCGCUGUGAGGAUGGCGAAUGCAUCUGCGACGCAGGCUACAGCGGGGACGAUUGCGGCGUGCGUAGCUGCCCUGGCGACUGCAACCAAAGGGGCCGCUGUGAGGAUGGCCGCUGUGUGUGCUGGCCGGGUUAUACCGGGCCUGACUGUAGCGCCCGUGCCUGCCCGCGCGACUGUAGAGGCCGUGGGCGCUGUGAGAACGGUGUGUGUGUGUGCAACACGGGUUACAGCGGUGAGGAUUGCGGUGUGCGCAGCUGUCCUGGGGACUGUCGUGGUCGUGGCCGCUGCGAGAGUGGCCGUUGCGUGUGUUGGCCUGGAUACACGGGCCGGGACUGUGGCACGCGUGCCUGUCCUGGAGACUGCCGCGGGAGGGGGCGCUGUGUGGACGGCCGCUGUGUGUGCAACCCAGGCUUUACUGGCGAGGACUGUGGGAGCCGUCGGUGUCCUGGAGACUGCCGCGGACAUGGCCGAUGCGAGGAUGGCGUGUGUGUAUGCCAUGCUGGAUACUCAGGCGAGGACUGCAGUACACGCAGUUGCCCUGGGGGCUGUCGAGGGCGCGGCCAGUGCCUAGAUGGGCGCUGCGUGUGUGAUGACGGCUACUCCGGCGAGGACUGCGGUGUAAGGCGGUGCCCACGAGACUGCAGCCAACACGGCGUGUGCCAGGACGGUGUAUGCACCUGCUGGGAGGGUUACGCAGGCGAGGACUGCAGCAUCCGCACCUGCUCCUCCAAUUGCCACGGACGUGGCCGCUGUGAGGACGGACGCUGUGUGUGUGACCCAGGCUACACCGGCCCCGUGUGUGCCACCCGCACCUGCCCAGCUGACUGCCGAGGUCGUGGGCGCUGUGUUCAAGGAGUGUGCAUAUGCCACACGGGCUAUGGCGGUGAGGAUUGUGGGCAGGAAGAGCCUCCCGCCAGCGCCUGCCCAGGGGGCUGCGGGCCCAGGGAACUGUGCCGCGCAGGUCAAUGUGUAUGCGUUGAGGGCUUCCGAGGCCCUGACUGUGCUAUCCAGAUAUGCCCUCGGGACUGUCAUGGCCGUGGAGAGUGUCGCCAGGGUAGCUGCUUCUGCCAAGAUGGCUAUGCCGGGGAGGACUGUGGGGAAGAGGUGCCAGCCAUUGAAAACAUGAGGAUGCACCUCCUGGAGGAAACAACAGUUCGGACAGAAUGGACCCGGGUUCCUGGCUCUGUGGAUGCCUAUGAAAUUCAAUUCAUCCCCACGACAGAGGGGGCGAGCCCCCCAUUCACAGCGCGGGUGCCCAGUUCUGCCUCAGCCUAUGACCAGAGAGGACUGGCCCCUGGUCAGGAGUACCAGGUCACUGUCCGUGCCCUUCGAGGGACCAGCUGGGGUCCUCCUGCUUCUAAGACCAUCACCACCAUGAUCGAUGGUCCCCAGGACCUCCGCGUAGUGGCUGUGACACCGACCACCCUGGAGCUCAGCUGGCUACGACCCCAGGCUGAGGUGGAUCGAUUUGUGGUCUCCUAUGUCAGUGCUGGAAACCAGAGGGUACGGCUGGAAGUUCCACCCGAAGCGGAUGGGACACUGCUUACCGACCUGAUGCCAGGCGUGGAAUAUGUGGUGACUGUCACUGCAGAACGGGGUCGGGCAGUCAGCUACCCAGCUUCUGUCAGGGCCAACACAGCACCAGGCCACUACAGUUACCCGGAGGUGCACCCCCCAGCCCCGCCCCCCAAGCCCCGUCCCCGUCCUGCCCCUGCCUCACGGCCUCUGCGGCCAGCUCCGCCCUCGGGGCCAGCAGAGGAGGGCGAGGAGGAGUCCCGCCCAGGGCCCAACCUGCCUCAGCCCUCGAGGCGGGCGUGGGGCAACCUGACCACCGAACUGGGCCGCUUCCGCGGCACGGUGCAGGACCUGGAGCGCCACCUGCGGGCUCACGGCUACCCACUUCGCGCCAACCAGACCUACACGUCCGUGGCGCGCCACAUCCAUGAAUACCUGCAGCGGCGUCGGGCAGCCGCCGCCCCCGCCGGCUCCCCGGCCCCCCAGCCCCGUCGCCCCCACCCUACCGCCAGCCCCGCUGCGGGCACCUGGAAGCGGGACUCCAACCAGGGCAUCUACGGCCUCUCCCCUGAAGGCGUCGACCGGUUGGCCGCGCCUCGCCACCCCAAGCCUGAGGUGCUGGGCAGUUCAGCUGACGGCGCGCUCCUGGUGUCGCUUGAUGGGCUCCGCGGCCAGUUCGAGCGCGUGGUGCUGCGCUGGCGGCCCCAGCUGCCUGCAGAGGGCCCCAGCGGGGAGCUGACUGUGCCGGGCACCACGCGCACAGUCAGCCUACCCGACCUCAGGCCUGGCACCACCUACCACGUGGAGGUCCACGGGGUACGGGCAGGGCAGACCUCCAAGUCCUACGCCUUCAUCACAACCACAGGGUCCUCACCCUCGGGCCUCUUGGGGGCUACUGAUGAGCCUCCUCCCUCAGGCCCCUCGACGACCCAAGGGGCUGAGGCCCCUCUCCUGCAGCAGCGCCCCCAGGAGCUGGGAGAGUUGAGGGUACUGGGCAGAGACAAGACAGGGCGCCUCCGUGUGACCUGGACUGCCCAGCCCGACACCUUUGCCCACUUCCAACUGCGCCUGCAGGUGCCCGAGGGCCCGGGGGCACAUGAAGAACUGCUGCCAGGGGACGUCCGCCAGGCUCUGAUGCCCCCGCCCCCUCCUGGAGCCCCCUACAAGCUGUUACUUCAUGGGAUCCCCCCUGGGGGCAAGCCCUCUGUUCCCAUCACCUACCAAGGCGUUAUGGACAGGGAUGGAGAGAAGCCUAGGAAGUCCUUAAGUCCACCACGCCUGGGUGAGCUGACAGUGACCGACGUGACCUCUGACUCCCUGCUCCUGCGUUGGACAGUCCCUGAGGGGGAAUUUGACUCCUUUGUGAUCCAGUACAAAGACAGAGAUGGGCCCCAGGUGAUGCCAGUGGAGGGGCCUCAGCGCUUGGCCCCCAUCACAUCCCUGGAACCUGGCCGAAAGUACAAAUUUGUCCUGUAUGGGCUCGUCAACAAGAAGAGGCAUGGUCCCUUAGUGGCCGAAGCCAAGAUCUUGCCUCAGAGUGAUCCCAGUCCAGAAACCCCACCCCGUCUGGGAAAGCUAUGGGUAACAGACCCUACUCCAGACUCACUGCACCUCUCCUGGACUGUCCCUGAGGGUCAGUUUGACUCCUUCAUAGUCCAGUAUAAGGACAAGGAUGGACGGCCCCAGGUGGUACCUGUGGAAGGACCUGAGCGAUCAGUCAUCAUCUCCCCCUUGGACUCUGAUCACAAGUACAGAUUCACUCUCUUUGGGAUUGCUGAUAAGAAGCGGUAUGGCCCCCUUAUGGCUGAUGGCACUACUGCCCCAGAGAGGCAAGAAGAGCCCCCUCGCCCUGAGUCCCUUGAGCAGCCCCUUCUGGGGGAAUUAACAGUGACUGGCGUGACCCCAGACUCCCUGCGCCUGUCUUGGACUGUGGCCCAGGGCCCCUUUGACUCCUUCGUGGUCCAGUACAAGGAUGUGCAGGGGCAGCCUCAGGCAGUACCUGUCAGGGGAGAUGAAAAUGAAGUCACAGUCCCUGGCCUGGAGUCCAACCGGAAGUAUAAGAUGAACCUCUACGGGCUUCAUGGCAGGCAUCGUGUGGGGCCCGUGUCUGUAGUGGCCAAGACGGCCCCACAGGAGGUUGUAGAUGAGAUCCCCAGUCCUACAAAACCCAAUAUGGAAGUCCUGGAAACACCUGAGCAGCCACGCCUUGGGGAGCUGACUGUGACAGACUCCACCCCUGACUCCCUGAGUCUCUCCUGGACAGUGCCCGAAGGACAGUUUGACCACUUUCUGGUCCAGUACAAGAAUGGGGAUGGACAGUUCAAGGUAGUGCGGGUGCCAGGGUAUGAAGACGAGGUCACCAUCUCAGGGCUGGAGCCAGAUCACAAGUACAAGAUGCACCUGUAUGGCUUCCACAGUGGCCAACGUGUGGGCCCCAUGUCUGCCACUGGGGUGACAACUGCAGUGGAAGAAACCCCCAGCUCUAUAGAGGUGGAGACCCCCAGCCCCACAGAACCCAGCACGGAGGCCCCAGAGCCCACCGAGGAGCCACUGCUGGGGGAGCUGAUGGUGACAGGAACCUCCCCUGACUCCCUGAGCCUCUCCUGGACUGUGCCCCAGGGCCAGUUUGACUCCUUCACCAUCCAGUAUAAAGACAGGGAUGGGCAGCCCCAGGUGGUGCGUGUUGGAGGAGAGGAGAGAGAGACCACUGUGGGGGACCUGGAGCCUGGACGCAAGUACAAGAUGCACCUGUAUGGGCUCCACCAGGGCCACCGCGUGGGCCCCAUGUCUACUCUGGGCAUGACUGAUCCCUUCCCAACCACCCAGGCCACUGAAACCCCUGACCGCCCCCUGGAGCCAUGGCUGGGGGAGCUGACAGUGACAGAUGUGACCCCUGACUCCGUGGGCCUCUUGUGGACAGUUCCUGAAGGCGAAUUUGACUCCUUCAUGAUCCAGUAUAAGGACAGGCAUGGGCAACCCCAGGUGGUGCCAGUGACUGCAGACCAACGGGAGGUUACCAUCCCUGGCCUGGAGCCCUCCCGCAAGUACAAGUUCCUGCUUUUUGGGAUCCAGGAUGGGAAACGACGCAGCCCAGUCUCUGUGGAGGCAAAAACAGCUGCCCGAAGUGACGCCAGCCCAGGGGCUCUACCUCGCCUUGGGGAGCUAUGGGUGACGGAUACCACCCCAGAGUCACUGCGCCUCUCCUGGACAGUCCCCGAGGGCCACUUUGACUCUUUUGUGGUCCAGUACAAGAGCAAGGAUGGGCCCCAGGUGGUGCCCGUGGAGGGCCAUGAGCGCUCAGCCACCAUCACUUCUCUGGACCCCGGCCGCAAGUACAGAUUCCUUCUCUAUGGCCUCCUAGGCAAAAAGCGCUUUGGCCCCCUCACUGCUGAUGCCACCACAGUGAGCCCGAGUUCUGUGGACCAUACUGGAAUAAAACCCCAACUAGGGGAGGAACUGCAAGUGACUGGCGUGACCUCUGACUCUGUGGGCCUCUCAUGGACAGUCCCUGAGGGGCAAUUUGACUCCUUUGUGGUCCAGUACAAAGACAGGGAUGGGCAGCCCCAGGUGGUGCCUGUGGAUGGCAGCCUCAGGGAGGUCAAUGUCUCAGGCCUGGACCCUGACCGCAGGUACAAGCUGCUGCUCUAUGGGCUGCACAACAGCAAGCGUGUGGGUCCCCUUUCUGCCAUUGCCAUGACUGCCCCUAGGGAAAAAAUUGAAGGUGAUAUCCCCACCCCAAGCCCUCCAACAGCUGAGCCCCACCUGGGGGAACUAAUGGUGGAGGAGGCCACUCCUCACAGCCUGCAUCUCUCCUGGAUGGUGAUCAAUGGAGAAUUCGACUCCUUUGAGGUCCAGUAUGAAGAUAGAGAUGGUCAACUCCAAGUGGUCAGUACUGGGGGAGACCAGAGUGAUAUUACCCUCACUGGUCUGGAAUCAAAUCACAGAUAUCUGGUGACCCUAUAUGGCUUCCAUGAUGGUCAGCGUGUGGAUUCUACCCACAUAGAAGCCCUGACAGUGCCUCAGGAGGAAGAGAAUGAGCCAUCAGAAGUACCCACUAUGACCCCUGAGCCUCCACUCAGGCCACACCUCGGGGAGCUGACUGUGACAGAUGCCACCCCUGACUCCCUGAGCCUCUCCUGGACAAUCCCUGAAGGACAGUUUGACCAUUUCCUGGUCCAAUACAAGAAUGGGGACGGGCAGCCCAAGGCUGUGCGGGUGCCAGGGCACAAAGAUAGUAUAACCAUUUCAGGCCUAGAGCCAGACCAUAAAUACAAGAUGCACCUGUAUGGCUUCCACGGUAACCAGCGCAUGGGCCCUGUCUCUGCUAUUGGUUCAACUGACCCAGAAAAGGAUGAAAUACUUACCGCAACUCUGACAGAACCACCAACCACAACUCCUGAGCCUUCUAUCAAGCCACGCCUGGGGGAGCUGACUGUGACAGAGGCCACCCCUGACUCCCUGAGCCUCUCCUGGACAAUCCCUGAAGGACAGUUUGACCAUUUCCUGGUCCAGUACAAAAAUGGGGACGGGCAGCCCAAGGUAGUUCGGGUGCCAGGGCAUGAGGACAAAGUCACCAUCUCAGGGCUGGAGCCAGACCACAAGUACAAGAUGCACCUGUAUGGCUUCCACAGUGGCCAACGCACAGGCCCCAUCUCUGUCAUUGGGGUGACAACUGCAGAGGAGGAAACCCCCAGCCCCACAGAGGUGGAGGAGACCCCCAGGCCCACAGAACCCAGCACGGACGCCCCAGAGCCCACUGAGGAGCCACUCCUGGGGGAGCUGACAGUGACAGGCGCCUCCCCUGACUCCCUGAGCCUCUCCUGGACUGUGCCCCAGGGCCACUUUGACUCCUUCACCAUCCAGUACAAGGACAGGGAUGGGCAGCCCCAGGUGGUACGAGUUGGAGGAGAGGAGAGAGAGGCCACUGUGGGGGACCUGGAGCCUGGACGCAAGUACAAGAUGCACCUGUAUGGACUCCACCAGGGCCACCGCGUGGGUCCUGCAUCUGCUGUCGGGGUGACCUCCUCCCUCCCUACCCAGACUCCUGUGGAGCCCCACCUUGGGGACCUGGCUGUGGCAGCUGUGACCUUGGACACUGUGCACCUCUCAUGGACCGUGGCCCAGGGUCCCUUUGACUCCUUCCUGGUCCAGUACAAGGAUGCACAGGGGCAGCUCCAGGCAGUUCCCGUGAAUAGAGACCUCCGUGAGGUUACUGUCUCGGGUCUGGACCCGGCCCGCAAGUACAGGUUCUUGCUCUUUGGACUCCUGGAUGGGAAGCGCCAUGGCCCAGUCUCUGUGGAUGCCAAGACCCUCCCAGACAAGAAACCCUCUCCCCGCCUGGGAGAGCUGACAGUGACAGAUGUGACCCCUGACUCCAUGGGCCUCUCGUGGACGGUCCCUGAAGGCGAAUUUGACUCCUUUGUGAUCCAGUACAAGGACAGGGAUGGGCAGCCCCAGGUGGUUCCUGUGGCCGCAGACCAGCGUAAGGUUACCAUCCCCAGCCUGGAGCCAAAUAGGAAAUACAAGUUCCUACUGUAUGGCCUGGCAGGCAGGAAGCGGCUGGGCCCCCUCUCUGCUGAUGGCACCACAGCUGCCCUGGAGAAAACCCAGCAGCCCCCACCACGCCUAGGGGAACUAGCAGUGACUGAGGAGACCUCAGACUCCCUGCGCCUGUCCUGGACUGUGGCCCAGGGCCCCUUUGACUCCUUCCUAGUCCAGUAUAAGGACACCAACGGGCAAUCCCAGGCAGUGCCUGUGGCCGCAGACCAGCUUGAAGUCACCAUAGAGGGCCUGAAACCUGGCAGGAAAUACAAGUUUCUGCUCUAUGGACUAGUUGGAGGAAAGCGUGUGGGCCCAGUCUCCAUCCUGGGAAUGACAGCCCCAGAAGAGGACACACCAGCCCCAGAAGCCCCUGAGCCCUCUGAAGCACCGAACCUGGGAGUGCUGGCUGUGACUGAGGCAACCCCAGACUCACUGCGCCUGUCAUGGAGUGUGGUCCAGGGCCCCUUUGACUCCUUUGUGGUCCAGUAUCUGGACACAGAUGGGCAGCCCCAGGCCCUGCUUGUGGAUGGUGAUCAGAACAAGGUCCUCAUCUCAGGCCUGGAGCCCAACACCUCUUACCAGUUCUCCCUCUAUGGUCUCCAUGAAGGGAUGCGUCGAGGGCCCAUCUCCACAGAGGGCACCACAGGGCCUCCUCCUGCUGGUCUGACCCCAGGAGACCCAGGGCCCCGACUGUCUCAUCUGUCAGUGACUGAUGUGACCACCAGUUCGCUACGGCUCAACUGGGAGGCCCCACUUGGAGCCUUUGAUUCCUUCCUACUCCGCUUUGGGGUUCCAUCACCAAGCACCCUGGAGCCACGUCCACGUCCUCUGCUACAACGGGAACUGAUGGUGCCUGGGACAAGGCGCUCAGCGGUGCUCCGAGACCUGCGCCCUGGGACCCUGUACAGCCUUACUCUCUAUGGGCUACGAGGGCCUCACAAGGCUGACAGCAUCCAAGGCACUGCCCGGACCCUCAGCCCAAUUCUGGAGAGUCCACGUGACCUCCAAUUCAGCGAAAUUGGGGAGACCUCAGCCAUGGUCAGCUGGGUGCCACCACCAUCCAGGGUGGACAGCUUCAAAGUUUCCUACCAGUUGGCAGAUGGAGGGGAGCCGCAGAGUGUGCAGGUGGAUGGCCGGGCCCAGACCCAGAAAAUUCAGGGGCUGAUCCCAGGUGCUCGCUACGAGGUGACAGUGGUCUCUGUCCGCGGCUUUGAGGAGAGUGAGCCUCUCACAGGCUUCCUCACCACUGUUCCUGAUGGCCCCACUGAGCUGCGUGCACUGAACUUGACUGAAGGAUCCACUCUGCUGCACUGGAAGCCCCCCCAGAACCCCGUGGACAAAUACAACGUCCAGGUUACAGCCCCAGGGGCCCCAUCUCUGCAGGACUCCGCCCCCGGCAGUGCUGUGGACUACCCCCUGCGCGACCUGGUACUCCACACCAACUACACUGCCACUGUGCGCGGCCUCCGGGGACCCAACUUUACCUCCCCAGCCAGCAUCACCUUCACCACAGGGUUGAAGGCUCCCCUGGACUUGGAAACCAAGGAAGUGACUCCCCGAACAGCGUUGCUCACUUGGACUGAGCCCCAAGUCCUACCCACAGGCUACCUGCUCAGCUUUGACACCCCUGGUGGACAGACUCAGGAGAUCCUGCUCCCCUCGGGAAUCACAUCACACCGGCUCCUUGGCCUCUUCCCUUCUACCUACUAUAAUGCACGGCUCCAGGCCGUGUGGGGCCAAAGCCUCACACCACCAGUAUCCACCUCCUUCACCACUGGUGGACUGCAGAUCCCCUUCCCCAGGGACUGUGGGGAGGAGAUGCAGAAUGGGCCCAGCACCUCGAGAACCACCACCAUCUUCCUCAAUGGCAAUCGCGAGCGGCCCCUGAAUGUGUUUUGUGACAUGGAGACUGAUGGGGGCGGCUGGCUGGUGUUCCAGCGCCGCAUGGACGGACAGACAGACUUCUGGAGGGAUUGGGAGGAUUAUGCCCAUGGCUUUGGGAACAUCUCCAGGGAGUUCUGGCUGGGCAAUGAGGCCCUGCACAGCCUGACACAAGCUGGUGAUUACUCCAUGCGUGUGGACCUGCGGGCUGGGGAUGAGGCUGUGUUCGCCCAGUAUGACUCCUUCCGAGUAGGAUCAGCUGCUGAGAACUACCGCCUCCACCUGGAGGGCUACCAUGGCACUGCAGGGGACUCCAUGAGCUACCACAGUGGCAGUGUCUUUUCGGCCCGUGAUCGAGACCCCAACAAUUUGCUCAUUUCCUGCGCUGUCUCCUACCGUGGGGCAUGGUGGUACAGGAACUGCCACUAUGCCAACCUCAAUGGGCUCUAUGGGAGCACAGUGGACCACCAGGGAGUGAGCUGGUACCACUGGAAGGGCUUCGAGUUCUCUGUACCCUUUACGGAAAUGAAGCUAAGACCAAGAAGCUAUCGGUCUCCUGUAGGGGGAGGCUGAGCUGCUGCCCACCUCUCUCACACCCCAGUAUGACUGCCGAGCACUGAGGGGUCACACCCAGAGAAGAGCCAGGGAUGCCUCCACCUCCCAGCCACCAGAGGAAGCCUUCUCUGCCUGUGACCUCACAGCAUCAUGUUUACAGGGGGGGAGGGGGAGGGGUUUCUAUGGGAGCAAUAAAGGAGAAACUGAGGCACCUGG